AUGGAGGAGGACGGCGGCGGCGGGAGGAAGCAGGACACGACGGCGGCAGCGUCCAAGGCGCAGAGAGAGGCCGCAGCGGCCGGCGUCUCCGUGCACGAGUGGCUGCAGCACGUCAAGGCCUCCUUCCUCGGCCUGGUGGGCAAGGUGACGGCGACGAGCGAGCAGGAAGCGGCGGAGGCGGACAUGCGCGCGGCCAAGGCGCAGGUGGAGGCAACCGACGAGGCGGAGGCCAAGAAGAAGCGGCUCGCAGAUGGAUGA